UAAUAGCUAUCUUGUUGCUAGACGACCCCGUGUGCCAAACCGUUGAGAAAACACAAACCUCUGAUUAAAAAGACGGCGACACUUUAACGAAUAUCCGUAAGAAAUGGUUAACUGGCUGUUUCACCGGAUACACGUUUUAUUCCCGCAAACGAGGUGUUCAAGUUGUAGAACAGCGGGCGUCUCUUUUGUAACCUCAUGUUUUUAACACUAAUAGCCAGAGGACCCAGCUGAACAGAAGCCUUUUGGCUGAAAAAGGAUGGAAACAUUACAAGAAGGAAAAGUCGAAGUUUUCAGGCUAACGUGUCUUUUGUUUAUCAGUUAUGUUCAGUGCAACUAAAAUGUCUUUGGUGGCAAGUGAUGUCCCAACUGAUGAGGACUGCGACGAGCUGCUGGAGGAUGGUUUCACUCUUCCUGCUGAUAUUUCAGGAAAGAGUACAUCAAGAAAAAAAUCAGCUGGCAAGCCUCCACCUUCUCCAAGGUCUCCAUAUCUUUUCAGUCUGAAUAUGAACUCCAAAAGAGCAGCAGUGGCAGCCUGGAGACUACCGAGGCCCUCCUUGGGGGAUACUAGAGGUGACAUUUCAAGGGAACAUUUCUUGGCUCGCCAGACGUCUCUCAGUAACGGGCAUGAGUCUGAUGAUAGUCCACAGCUGCUAACACAGAAAUCAAGCAUAAGGAAACACCUUUUUGCAUCUAAUGGUUUUGCUAUAGGGGCUUGUGACCACAAGGACAAAGAGGGCAUGUAUGAUGAGAUCAUUCGCCUCAAAAAGAGUCUCCAGGUUCAGAAGUCUGACAACCAGCAAACGAAAGCCAAACUUCGGCGCCUGGAGGAAGACAAUGCUAAGAGAGUGAAACAGAUUGAAGAACUCCUGGACCCCACAAAGGGCUCUGAAUACUCUCGUAGUUUGGUCGAUAAGAAAAAGGAGGGGAGUGUGAUUGUCAAUGGGCUGAAGCAGAGAAUCCUAAAACUAGAGCAGCAAUGUCGAGAGAAAGAAAAUGCUUUGAGUAAACUGCAAAGUGAAUUGAGGACCAUCAACCUGGAGGAGCUGAAGAUCACUGUAGAAACAUACUUUGAAGAGAUCCAAAGAUUGAGGAUACUUUUAGAUGCUGCAGAGAAAAGUCGAGCAGAGAGUAAAUGCUCUCAGAGGCAGCAGAAAGCUUUAAACUCCACAGUUCAUCGCUUGGCUGAAAAUGUGAAGCAUCUUCAACAGGAAAACGCAGCGCUCAGAGAAGAGCUUGACACAGACAGUCCUGCAGCUGGAAUUAAAGGUUACAGAGAGUGGAGCAGGCAGAGGUUGUUGAGAAGAUUGUUAGAGGUGGAGAGGAGGCUGGAGGACAGCAGAAGACACACCCCUUCAGCAAAGAGCAGUGCCAGAUUGGAUAAGAAGGUCCAGACUAUGCCUACUGAGGCUCCAGGGCUUACCAUGGCAACAGAGGCUGUGGUCUCUGUGGGAACAGUCACUGAGCAAGAGAGAGAGGUUUCUGAUCUGAGGGAACACCUCAGCCAAUUGGAGGAGGAGAUUUCAGAGCUUCAAGAGAGGCUGACAAAUAAAAAUGAUGAACUGAUGGAGCUGAGGAAAGAAACAGAUGAACUGGUAGAAGAGACUGAACAACUGAAAGCUGAACAGAAAGAACAACUGGACACAAUGGAACAGCAGCAUAGACAGGAGUUGGAGCAGUUGUUGUCGAGGAUUGUAACUCUGGAGGAGGACAGAAGAAAAAUUGUACAGGCUGAGGUCUGCUCAACUCCUCCGACAAUAACGGAGCAUCUCGAGGAUGCUCAGCACAGAACAGGGCAGGAGGAGGAAGAGGAGAGGGCCCCUGGACAUCAGGAAAAGGGGGAGGAAGAAGAGGAAGCACUGGGGAUGGAUGCAGAGAUGACAAAAAAAGAAAAGGCAGCUUCGAUCAUCCAGACAAACUGGAGACAGCACAGACAGAAGGACAUUGUGAUGCUACAGUCAGUGAUGAGGGGCCAUCUCUUCAGAGAUUCAUGGCUGAAAGACCUUCUGAAAAACACAGAGAAGAAGGCUGAAGUAUCCCUCAACGACAGAAACUCUGGCGGUGGAGGGCUGGAUGUUGCUGCCUUGACACUGAUACAAUCUGCCUUCAGGGGACAUUUGGCUCGUUGUAGUCUUGCAAUAAAAAGCUCAGGGUUUGUUGUGCCUUCUCCAGCUGAAAACUAUCCACUUGCUCUGGUACCGAGAGGGGCUGAUUUACCGGAUGCUCCUAGCAGAAAAGGUUCUAUGUAUCUUAGUAAAAAUGGUCAAAAGGAAGAAGAUCUUGAUCCUAUCUCAAUAACUGAUGUCUCCAGCAGGUCACACACACAAGCUCAUGGAAAGCUCCGUUCCACAGCAGAGUUUGAUGCAGACGCUGCAGUGGGAUCUGAUGAUUCUGAUGACAUUAUUGUAUCUCCAUCACGUCCAUUGAGAAGCAGAGAAACCUUGAUGCUUUAGAUGUUCAGCUGUUGUAUGAAGAAUCCUUAUUAAUCUUUCAGCGGCGUCCCACAUCCCUAUAAAUUCGCCUGAUUGUGUGUCUGUAUGCCUGAUAUGAAACCCAUAAACACGAUCUCACACUAUAAUGCACUAUAGUGAAAUUAUGGCUGAUCCUUGAGGUAUGAUGAGGAAGCGAAUCUCAUCUGAUGCACUGCUGAGCCAAACUGUGAAUAAAUUAUAGAUCACUCUGCUGCAAUACUGAACUGUCAUUCCAAUGGUAGGAUACACAGGUGUAUGUAUUAGUAAUACUAAUAAAACCUGUGCUUUAAGAAAGGCAAUUUGUAAAGCUGUCAAAAAUGGAUGACUGCAAUUUUAUGGGUGUAUAACCUAAUGUGUGAGGCCUUCAAUAAAAUGCUGUUUUUAUAAA